AUGGUUUCACACGAAAAUAAAGAUAUAUAUGCAGAUGAUUUGCCUGGCGUUGAUUGCGAUGAAAGAGAGUUAGAUAUUGAUAAUAAUGAUAGUGAUAUUGACGAUAAUGAUAGUGAUAGUUCUAUACGACCUAUGAGAAGGACCCGAGUUUUUCCACUACCGAUUAGUGAUGAUGAAAGUGACAAUGAUUAUGAAGAAAAAAUUAUACAUCAAUGGACUGAAGUCGACAUUCCACCUACCAUAAAACCGUUUUUGGAUCUAACGGGGUUAAAUAUUUUACCAUGGAACGGCGUUGAAGGAUCUCUGGAUGUGUUCCUUGAUGAUAAUUUCUACGAAAUGAUGGUAACAGAAAUUAGUCGAUAUCACCAUCAAAACGUCGAAAAAUAUGUUAAAAAGAAGAAAACGAUAAAAUGGACGGAUCUCACUAUUGGCGAAUUCAAGAAAUUUUUAGGGUUAUUAAUUCUAAUGGGCCAAAUUCCAAAAAGUACUAUCGAUGAAUAUUGGACAACAGAUCCAUUAUUAUAA